AUAUAUACAUAUAUAUAUGGGGAAGAGAGAGUUUUGAUCUCUACAUUAUUUCAAACUAGUAUAUAUAUACAAUCAAUCAUAUAUACUUUUCCUUACCUUAGAAAGAAUAAAAAAAUACUUUUCUUACACCCAUGGCCAAAACAAAUAUGCCAACCUCACAAUAUUCUAGUUUGAAAACAAAUCACCAUACCAAAAACACUACCAAAGAUGAUCAUAACAACAAUCACCAAUGUUCCAUCAUCCCACUUGACUUCAAAUCAGUCUCAAAGUUACCCGAAUCCCACACUUGGGAGCUCACCCAUCCCAACCCGCUUUCAACCUCCGAAUCCGAGUCAAUACCCGUAAUUAAUCUCUCCGACCCGAAAGCCAUUUCUCUCAUGCGACAUGCCUGUGAGAACUGGGGCAUUUUUCAUGUCACCCACCAUGGAGUUCCUUCCAACCUACUCCGCGAAGUCGAGAAUCAGAGCCGUCGAUUGUUUUCUCUACCGUCCGAUCAGAAACUCCUGGCCAUUCGAUCACUCGACAGCCUUUCCGGGUACGGCUUGCCCCGAAUGUCGACCUUCUUCCCUAAGCGAAUGUGGUCAGAAGGGUUCACCAUCAUUGAGUCACCGCUGGAACAUACUCGCAAACUCUGGCCCCACGAUCAUCAUCAACGAGAUCACUUCUGCAACGUGAUGGAAUCGUGCCAAAAGGAGAUGAACAGGCUUGCUGAACAUAUAAUGGGCUUGAUGUUUGGGUCAUUGGGCCUAACACAACAAGACACAAAAAAUAUUAAGCCCAAAUAUGGUUGCCAAAAUUCUAAUGGCCCACUUCAGCUGAAUUCAUACCCAGUCUGUCCGGACCCAACCAAAGCUAUGGGCUUGGCUGCUCACACGGACUCCUCAUUGCUCACUCUACUAUUGCAAAGCAGCACUGGCCUCCAAGUCCAGAAGGAAGGGAUCGGGUGGGUACCGGUGCAUGCAGUGGAAGGUGCACUCGUCAUCAAUGUAGGAGAUUUGAUGCAAAUUUUGUCUAAUGGGCGUUUCAAGAGUGUGUUACAUCGUGCGGUUGUUAACAAGACACAUCAUCGGAUCUCAACCGCUUAUUUCUAUGGCCCACCAAAAGAUGUGAAGAUUGAACCUUUGAUUCAACUCUCAUCACCUUUUCCUUUAUAUCGUCCAACAACUUGGAAAGAAUAUCUUGGAAUUAAGGCAAAUCACUUUAAUAAGGCACUUGAGUUGAUUAGGAGUGAUAUUACUAAAGCUCAAUAACGUAACUUGUUCCCAUCUACUUAUGUUUUUUAUUAAAUUUUUUUCUAUUUUCAGUAAAAUUGUCAUUUCCCUCUUUGAGUCAUAUUUUCAUUCGAGUAAAAUAAAUUCUAACAAGCUUC